CUAACACUCGCGUUAACGGCCUCAUCUUUCCGGGCGCAAGAUCUAUUUCUAUUCCCUCUCAUUCAUUUCACUCACUAGUUGCCAAGAUUGGCUCUGAGCUAUCAGCUAUGGACCAGAAGCUGAUUGAGAGGUUGGAGUCGGCGGUGUCGCGCUUGGAGGCGCUAUCGACUGGAUUCCAUUUGCGUGGUGGAGACUCUGCUGCUCUAUCCGGCGCCGAUGUGGCGGUGGAUCCAUCGAUUAUUGCCUUUGGCGAUCUGAUGGACCAGUAUAUCGGCAGGUUUUCGACUGCUGCAGGGAAGAUUGGAGGGCAAGUUCUGCAGGUUUCGAAGCUUGUGCAAGAAGCUUUUGCUGUUCAGAAAGAGCUUUUGAUGAAGGUCAAGCAAACUCAGAAGCCUGACGUUGCUGGAUUGGCUGAAUUUCUGAAACCGUUGAAUGAAGUGAUCGUAAAAGCUAAUGCAAUGACAGAAGGACGGAGAUCUGAUUAUUUUAACCACCUGAAAGCUGCAGUCGACAGUCUCUCUGCUCUAGCAUGGAUUGCAUAUACGGGGAAGGAUUGUGGUAUGAGCAUGCCCAUUGCACAUGUGGAAGAAAGUUGGCAAAUGGCUGAGUUUUAUUGCAACAAGGUGCUUGUAGAAUACAGAAAUAAAGACGCAAGUCAUGUUGAGUGGGCCAAAGCUCUCAAAGAGUUAUACCUACCUGGUCUGAGAGAUUAUGUCAAGAGUUUUUAUCCUUUAGGCCCUGUAUGGAGUUCAACGGGAAAAUCAAUUGCUCCGCCAAAAGCUCCUGCACCUAGGGCACCUGCUCCACCGCCUCCACCACCUGCAUCUCUCCUUAGUUCUGAAUCAUCUCAGGCUUCAUCCUCCAAGCCAAAGGAGGGAAUGUCAGCUGUUUUUCAAGAACUUAGCACAGGGCAUGUCACUGCAGGUUUGAGAAAGGUUACAGAUGAUAUGAAGGCAAAGAAUCGUGCAGAUAGAACUGGGGUUGUUGGUGCUAGUGAAAAGGACACCCGUGUGAGGACACAAGCAUUUUCUAAAGCGGGACCUCCAAAAUUAGAACUUCAAAUGGGUCGCAAGUGGGUUGUUGAGAAUCAAAUUGGACAGAAAGGCUUAGUCAUUGAUGAUUGUGAUUCAAAGCAGUCUGUUUAUGUUUAUGGUUGCAAAAAUUCUGUUUUGCAGAUUCAAGGGAAGGUUAACAAUAUAACUAUUGACAACUGCACAAAGAUGGGAGUUGUAUUUAAGGAUGUUGUUGCAGCUUUCGAAAUUGUGAACUCUAAUGGGGUUGAGGCGCAGUGUCAGGGUUCAGCUCCAACAAUCUCGGUGGACAACACUUCUGGCUGCCAGCUUUAUCUGAGCAAAGAUUCUUUAAAUGCAUCCAUAUCUACAGCCAAGUCAAGCGAAAUCAAUGUGCUAGUACCCGGUACUGAGCCCGAUGGUGAUUGGGUGGAGCAUUCGUUGCCACAACAAUAUAUUCAUGCGUUCAAGGACGGCCGAUUUGAAACUACCGCAGCUUCCCACUCUGGAGGUUAAUUUGACGGGCGAUUCAGAGAUUGUACAUCUUUAGCCAAGUUCAACGAUUGCUGUUUGUGUGGCUUCAUCUGGCUUUUCCCUUUGAUUCAUUUACAAUCACAUAUAGGUGUAAUAUUAUUCAUGCCUGGCUGCUUUUUCCACUGGCUUAUUGAUCCCAUGGAAACAUCCCAGCGAUUUUUUCUUUUUGGGUGCGGAGUUGGCUUCUGCUUGAGUGUGUCUUGACUCCAGAGCUGCAGUGUGUGUUGUGCAGCUGGUUCUGAUCUUUAAGAGGAUCCAUGGAGUUAUUUUUGCAUUUCUCGUAUGUUCUAUUCUCAGGUGUUUAUUUUGAGUUUUUAUGAAAUCAAUCCGGAAUCAAGAUCGCUAGUUGCUGGUCCAGGUGAAUUCCUUCUAAA